CGGGCGGACGCUGCCUGCGCGCCGGGCUGCUCUGCCAGCGCCGCUGGUCUAAUUAGAACCUGAUUGUGGCCUUGUCACCUCUGCAGUCAGUGACAGAUACAUUAUGUCCCACCACUGCUUAUGUGCCUGCUUUGUCUGACUUUCUGUGGAUUCCAGCAGCGAGUGACUUGUGACAUGCUUAUUUAAAGGGCUUCAUCACUCCCAUGUAUAAUACAGAGAUUUCUCUAGUGAUAAAAAGGGAUCUCUGGAUGGAGCAAAGCAGGGAAGACUAACUGUGUUCAACUGGAGACUUGUUUGCUAAGAAAUACACGUGAAAGCAGUUUUCUUUUGUUUUUCACACCAUUGGUUUAACUAGCAUGUUUUAAUUGGACAGAUGAGCACACACUGUCUAAAAUCCAGUGAUAGGCAAAUGCUCUGAACAGAACCAAAACGAACUAUGGCUUGUCUUACAAUGACAAAUAUGGAAAGCACAGCAACUGCUUCUGUCCACCAGAAUGGUGACAUCCAUGGAAAUACCAGUGCACCCAGGCAGACAGAACCAUUACUUCAAGUGUACCUUUAUCAUUCUCCUGGGAAGACAGGAGAAGAUUACCUUCAAUUUCCAGCUGGAGAAUAUGUUGCAGAAGAGCUUUGCGCUGUUGCCUGUAAAGCCUGUGGUAUCAUGCCAGUGUACCAUAACAUGUUUGCGCUCAUGAGUGAAACAGAUAGAAUGUGGUAUCCCCCGAAUCACACCUUCCAUGUAGAUGAAGCAACUAGACUCAAGCUAAUUUACCGGAUAAGGUUUUAUUUUCCGCACUGGUAUUGCAGUGGCACCAACAGAGCGUAUCGGUAUGGCAUUCUUCGCGGUGCAGAAAGCCCUGUUCUUGAUGAUCUUGUCAUGUCUUAUCUAUUCGCGCAGUGGCGAGCUGAUUUUUUGGAGGGAUGGGUACAGAUGCCUGUUACUCACGAAACACAAGAAGAAUGCCUUGGAAUGGCUGUUCUAGAUAUGAUGAGAGUGGCCAAAGAAAAGGACGAAACCCCACUGGCUAUUUACAAUUCAGUCAGCUACAAAACAUUUUUACCUAAAUGUGUGCGAGCAAAAAUCCAAGACUACCACAUUUUGACACGAAAAAGAAUAAGGUACAGGUUCCGCAAAUUUAUACAACAGUUUGGCCAAUGUAAAGCUACUGCCAGAAACUUGAAACUUAAGUAUCUUAUAAAUCUGGAAACCCUUCAGUCUGCCUUCUAUUCAGAGGUUUUUGAAGUAAAAGAACCUGGUGGAGGUCCUGGAGAGGAAAGCUUUGCAACCAUUGUCAUAACUGGAAAUGGUGGAAUUCAGUGUUCGAGAGGAAAACUUAAAGACUGUGAAACGCUUGCAGAGCAGGAUUUACAAACGUACUGUGAUUUUCCUGAUAUCAUUGAUGUCAGCAUUAAACAAGCAAGCCAAGAAGGCUCCAGUGAGAGAAGAAUUGUCACUAUUCACAAACAAGACAGCAAGAAUCUGGAAGCUGAAUUUCAGUCGUUAAGAGAAGCUCUCUCCUUUGUAUCAUUAAUUGAUGGAUAUUACAGAUUAACUGCAGAUGCCCAUCAUUAUCUCUGUAAAGAAGUAGCACCACCAUCAGUCUUGGAAAAUAUCCAAAGCAACUGUCAUGGACCAAUUUUCAUGGACUUCGCUAUCAGUAAACUGAAGAAAGCAGGUAAUCAGACUGGUUUCUACGUUCUUCGCUGCAGUCCUAAAGAUUUUAAAAAGUACUUCCUUACCUUUGCUAUAGAGCGUGACAAUACUACAGAUUAUAAGCAUUGCUUAAUUACAAAGAAUGAGAAUGGAGAAUAUAAUCUUAGUGGAACGAAGAGAAGUUUUAGUAAUCUGAAGGAUCUCUUGACCUGUUACCAGACAGAAACUGUCCGUUCAGACAGCAUAAUUUUCCAGUUCAUCAAAUGCUGUCCUCCAAAACCCAAAGAUAAAUCAAAUCUCCUAGUCUUCAGAAGCAAUAGUGUUUCUGAUGUACCAUCAUCACCUACGCUACAGAGACACAACAAUGUCAAUCAGAUGGUCUUUCACAAAAUCCGCAAUGAGGACUUGAUAUUUGAGGAGAGUCUUGGACAGGGCACAUUUACUAAGAUUUUCAAAGGUGUAAGGAAAGAAGUGGGAGACUAUGGCCAGCUCCAUCAAACUGAAGUUCUUUUAAAGGUGCUGGAUAAAGUGCAUAGAAACUACUCUGAGUCCUUCUUUGAGGCAGCAAGUAUGAUGAGCCAGCUUUCUUACAAACAUCUGGUGUUAAAUUAUGGAGUCUGCGUAUGUGGAGAAGAGAACAUCCUUGUACAAGAAUAUGUAAAAUUUGGAUCCUUGGACACAUAUUUGAAAAAGAACAAAAACAUUAUCAAUAUUUUGUGGAAGCUGGAAGUAGCUAAACAGUUGGCAUUAGCCAUGCAUUUUCUGGAGGAUAAAGGCCUUGUUCAUGGGAAUGUCUGUGCAAAAAACAUCUUGCUUAUCAGAGAGGAAGAUAGGAAGUCUGGAAGCCUUCCAUUUAUAAAACUAAGUGAUCCUGGCAUCAGUAUUACAGUUUUGCCAAGAGACAUUCUUCUUGAGAGAAUACCAUGGGUUCCUCCUGAAUGUAUUGAGAAUCCCAAACAACUAAGCCUGGCCACGGACAAAUGGAGUUUUGGUACCACUUUGUGGGAAAUCUGCAGUGGAGGAGACAAACCCCUGAGUGCACUGGAUUCUUCAAGGAAACUACAGUUUUAUGAAGAUAGGCACCAGCUUCCUGCCCCCAACUGGACAGAACUUGCAAACCUUAUAAACAACUGUAUGGAUUAUGAGCCAGAUUUCAGGCCUUCUUUUAGGGCAAUUAUACGUGAUUUGAACAGUUUGUUCACUCCAGAUUAUGAGCUAUUGACAGAAAGUGACAUGUUGCCAAAUAUGAGAAUUGGAGCACUUGGAUUUUCUGGUGCUUUUGAAGAUCGGGACCCAACACAAUUUGAAGAAAGACAUCUUAAGUUUUUACAGCAACUUGGCAAGGGAAAUUUUGGCAGUGUUGAGAUGUGCCGGUAUGACCCACUGCAGGAUAAUACCGGAGAAGUGGUGGCUGUGAAAAAGCUGCAACAUAGCACAGAAGAGCACCUUAGGGACUUUGAAAGAGAAAUUGAAAUACUUAAGUCUCUGCAGCAUGAUAACAUCGUUAAAUACAAAGGAGUAUGCUACAGUGCAGGUCGUAGGAAUCUAAGAUUAAUUAUGGAAUAUUUGCCAUAUGGAAGUUUACGAGAUUAUCUUCAGAAACACAAGGAGAGGCUGGACCACAAGAAGCUUUUGCUGUAUGCGUCUCAGAUAUGCAAGGGCAUGGAGUAUCUGGGUACGAAAAGGUACGUUCACCGGGAUUUAGCAACAAGAAAUAUCUUGGUGGAGAAUGAGAACAGAGUUAAAAUUGGAGAUUUUGGAUUGACAAAAGUCUUGCCACAAGACAAAGAAUACUACAAAGUGAAAGAACCUGGUGAAAGUCCUAUAUUUUGGUAUGCUCCAGAAUCUCUGACAGAAAGCAAAUUUUCUGUGGCCUCAGAUGUGUGGAGUUUUGGUGUCGUCUUGUAUGAACUCUUCACUUAUAUUGACAAAAGCAAAAGCCCACCAGCUGAAUUCAUGCGCAUGAUUGGCAAUGAUAAACAAGGGCAGAUGAUUGUAUUUCAUUUGAUAGAGCUUUUGAAGAAUAAUGGACGACUACCAAGACCAGAUGGAUGUCCUGAUGAGAUUUAUGCUAUCAUGAAAGAAUGCUGGAACAAUAAUGUUGCCCAGCGUCCCACCUUUAGGGAUCUUGCUCAGCGAGUGGAUCAUAUAAGGGAAAACAUGGGUGGAUGAGACAACUACCCCUCCUUCAGAGGAUGUGUUGGAAUGCAGAACAAAAUGUACCUGGUCUGCUGUGUAUAAUUGACAUAUGUGUGCAUCUUAUCCUUGCUGGAAGUAAAAUCUGUGUGGCAAAUAUCCUAUCUCAAUCUGCAUGCUGAGGAAUCCUGCUGGGUUUUUUUAUCAGGAUAUACUUGUUACUGUGAGAACAUGCUGAAAUUCUCAACAGGAAGAGAAAUUACUUUUCUAAAUAAAAUAUAUGGUCAUUCAACACCACCAUUAUUUGCCUUACUUGGCAAUGCAAAAAAGAGGUGACUUAUAAUGCAGUGAGAUUUAGAGAUGAAAAGACAGUGUAUGUCCUUGUUGAAAUGGAGAUGCGGAGAAAAGACUUCUAGAAAUCCUUCCACACUGAGUAUAUAGUGACUUAGCAUCCUGUUUUGUGUGUUGCACAAGGACUUCUGUUUGUUAAUACAGUUUAAUGAUAUUUUCAUUGUUGAUGCAGAAAUGGCUUCUCUGUGUAACAAAAUAGAAGUGUUUAUGUAACACAGGAACUUCUAAUGUGCCUGUCUGAAUCAGUUAUCAGCCAGCAGUAUAUCCAAAGAGGUGUGAAGCUGUGUGAUGUACUGUAAGUAUUUUGAGAGAAAGGGAGCAAAUUGUUCAUUCUUUGGAGAGCCAAAAAUGUACUCAUCCACAUGAAAAUUUUAAUUUAAAAAUGAAAAAGCAAACAUGUUAUCUAUUUUUUCUUACUCAUCUUUUCCUUUGUUGAGUAGGUAUCAGAUUCUCUUUAUAGAAUUGAAGAUACAGUGAUAACAUGUAGAAGUGAAGCCAUUUUAUACAAGGCAGUGUAUUCAGUUUGAAUAAGAAAAAGCUAAACAUACUGCUUUUAAAUGCUGCUCUUUUAUUCUCUCCAUCUUUGUAAUUGUCAUGCAGUCAUAGGUGUAUCUACACAUUGGGAACUUUUAAAGCAGGAUUAGAAAUCUAGAAAAUGCCCUCCAUUUCACAAUUCCUUACUUUGCUGUUAAGAUGAUCACCUUAUACCUUCCUUCCAGUACAGAAAAAGAAUACUUAUGGCCCAGUAUCUGAUACGGCCAGUCACAACCACGUCAAGCCUCUUUUGUCAUGAAGUGGCCCAAGUUACCUCCUGUUUCUUUCUGUGGUAAUACCCAACAUGAGACUGUUGGGAAGGAGGAAUUACAAGUGCAAUUGCUCCACAAUCAGCAGAGGGCAAAAACAUGAUUCCAGUUACUGAGAACUGGAAGGAGAUCAGAGCUACCUGAAUUCUCUAUAAUUCAGAUUUUGGAAUAAGUCUAACAAAAAUUUAUGGACAAGACAGCGCUUCGGUUUUGCCUUCAGGCAUGAAACUUGGGGAUAAUCUCAUAUCUCAAAGCAGUAAAAUUGCAGGGUUUGUGUAUUUUUAGUUCAAAUAAUCAUGUUUGUUUGUUUGUUUUUACAUAAGCAUUAUUGUUUGCAAAGUACAAACCUUGUUCUUCUUGGACUUCUGCUGAGAGAAGUUCAGUUAAGGGGAUAUACAACUUGGCAAACUGACCUGACAUCCAGCUUUGUAUUUAAAGUCAAGUGUUCAUUUUUAAAAUUUGUGGCAGUGAAUCAGUUAAACAGAGGAGUUAUUUUGACUGUGGGGUGUCCUUAAGAUUUGUGCUUAACUGCAUCCAUCUUAUCAGAAGUUUAAGAAUCUCGACUUUUAAAAAUUUUUUUAAAUAAUCCUUAUUUAGUGUAACAUAGUGCCAGUAUAGCAGUGUUUUGUACCACUAUGAUGUUUCUCUCCCACAAUCACUCCUACAAAAUUACAACUUAUUGUAUGAGAGAGUUCAUUUCAUUCAUUCAUGGCUAGGCUUUGUGAACGAAGAUUUGGGAGAGUGCUAAAUAGGGAGAACAGCAUCAGCCCUCUUUCUGCCCAUUGCAUUUAAAAGUAUUUCUGUUGAUUUUCUUGCCACCAAGCACUUGCACAAAUGAUUUUUCAAACUAAUUUCAGUCAGUUUUUAAGUUGCGAAGAACUUUGAAGUACUUUGUUCAGCUUAACGUGUUUUCUCAAUUUCUCUACAUUGCUUUGAAGAUUUGAAAUUUUGUGCAAAAAAUGUCUUUGCAUUUGUAGUCUCAGUUGUGUGUUCAUGUUUUUUGUAACAAAAGGAGAUAAAGCUUUAAAGCAUUGAAACAGCAUUUUAGCUGGAUAACAUAUGCAGGAAAUAUGUAAAAUCUGCAGUGUAUGACACUCAGUAGCUAACUGGUUUCCAAUAUGUAGUAGACUAAGCAUAAUUUAUGUAAAAAUCUCAGGGAAGUUUGUGUAAUGCAAUGAAGAAAUCUUCCAGUCUGCUACUUUUUCAAGUGAAUAAAAGGUCUUUUUCUUGUUCUACUACAGUAUGACUGAUUACAUAGUCUAUUUGAUUGCAUAAAUGUAGUGUUGAACACCACAAUAAUUUUUAAGUGUCUUGUGGAAUUUUAUUUUUUUUUUACUUUGAUACUAUAUCAUUUUUAGAGAAAGCCAUAUCUUUACACUGCAGUAUAAUUUUGUGCUGUUGGUCAGGAACAUAUAGUCUUUUGUAACAACCAGAAGCCUGUGCAGAGGGCUUGAUCAUUUGUGAUGAGUGUAUGAGUGUUCUUAGCUGGGUGAAUAGGACCAAGUAGCACUUAGGACUCUAGGGGGAUGUAUGGUCAUCUGCAGUGUUGAUAUUGAGAUCCCAGAGCAGACCCAAUGGUUUUCUCAAAAAGCUGUUGAGGAUGUAAAUGCAGUGAUUUUGCUGAGUUUGCUACUGCCAAUGGUGUAACUUUUUAAAAAACAAAACAAAACAGAAAAAACCCACAAAAAAACAGUGUAUUUUGAAAGCUCUCAGAUCUACAGUAGCAUUGUUAAUGUCAUAUUUUUAUAUAGCCUGUGUAUUAACAGCCUAAGUUCUUUGUUUUAGAAACUUUAUUCAGUUGGCAUUGCAUUUGUCAUACUUUAGUGUAAUCAUUAUGCUACCCAAAAUGCAAAUGGAUGGGCUUUGGGUUUAUUGUUGUUGUUGUUUUGGGUUUUGUUUGUUUUGUUUUUUUGUUUUUGUAGAAAAAGUGCUGGUUUAUGUAUACAUGACUGCUCCUACAAUGUAGAAUUAAAAUAUUAACUAUUGCUUUGCACUUACAUUUGAAGUGAAAGAAUUUUUUAUAAGUGCACAAUAUAUCUUAUAGAAUCUCUGAAAUCAAGUAUUGUGUAGUAUAAUAUUGGUUUGUUGUCUAUCAGUAUAAAGAUGUUAAGUUUCAAAAUUAUUUUAAAAAUAUAUUCCACAAACUUGCAACAGUCAUGUAGUAAGCCAGAGGAGGAAUGAAUUUUCAGAAAACCCACGUUGUUGUCAAGUCCUGGUAUUGGUUAAAAGCUUCCAUAGUUGAGAUAGUUGUUCCUAAAUGUGCAGGUGAAUUUAACUGUAAAAAUAUAUGUAAAAACUGUGGUUUUUCCCAAAAUUAAGUUUUUAAUCGUUGCAUUUAGUUGAGAUGUUGCCUUGAAAUGUGUGGGAAAAGAUGUUACUGUAUGAAAUAUGAAGAAAUGUGACUCUUCCGUAAAGCAAGGUAACUUUUCAGGAAUGCAGGAUCACAAACACCCAGAGGAUAGAGUUCUGAGAGCAAAAGUAGAGGUGUAGAUCAAGAAGACUAAAGGAAAAAGGCUGAAGUUCAGCGCUGAAGAAGUUUUCUGAAAUGUGAAAUGCGCAAUGAAUUAUGAAAAAACGAUGUCUACUGAAAAUGCCAUACCAUGACAAAUAUAUGCUAAUGUAUUUCUAAACUUGCGUAUUGUCUGCCUUAAGUCUAAAAUACUCACAGAGACGUAACCUGACUGAAAAAGUUACAAGAAUUACUAUACCAAAAGAAACUGCUUAAUGUUGUGCCAUGCCAGACAACAAUUUUGAAAAGGUGUUUGGUUAAGAAUUUUUCUUCUGAAUUUUUCUUUUUGAAUAAGAGUUUUACAGUACUUUAUAUUAAAGUAGAGAAAGUCCCUUGGCAGUGGGGAAGUGGGGGGAGAGAAGGCACCUGCUACUUAUGGUUGAACUGCAAACAUUUGAGCACGUGGUUUACUGAAGAGAACAUGAAAGGGAUAUUUUUUAGAAAACUGUGUAUCAAUACCUGAAACUUAACUGUGUGUUUCUUUUGAGUUUGGAUAGUGAAAAUAAAAAAACUAAAUACAAUGAA